AUGGCUGCUGCUCCCCGGACUGUGCUGAUCUCGGGCUGCUCAUCAGGAAUUGGCCUGGAGCUCGCAGUGCAGCUGGCUCGUGACCCCAGGCAACGCUACAAGGUGGUGGCCACCAUGAGGGACCUGGGAAAGAAGGGACCACUGGAGGCAGCUGCUGGGGAGGUCCUGGGGCAGACCCUCACCGUGGCCCAGCUGGACGUGUGCAGCGAUGAGUCAGUGGCCCAGUGUCUCAGCAGCAUCCAGGGAGGGGAAGUGGACGUGCUGGUGAAUAAUGCUGGAGUGGGCCUGGUGGGGCCCCUGGAGGGGAUUAGCACAGCUGCCAUGCAGAACGUCUUUGACACCAACUUUUUUGGGACUGUCCGUCUGGUCAAAGCUGUGCUUCCAGCCAUGAAGAGGAGGCGACAGGGCCACAUUGUGGUGGUCAGCAGUGUCAUGGGGCUGCAAGGUGUCGUCUUCAAUGACAUCUAUGCAGCCUCCAAGUUUGCCCUGGAGGGAUUCUUUGAGAGCCUCGCUAUCCAGCUGCUCCAAUUCAACAUCUUCAUCUCCCUGGUGGAGCCGGGUCCAGUGAUCACUGAGUUUGAGGGGAAGCUCCUGGCGCAGGUCUCUGCAGCGGAGUUUCCAGGCACCGAUCCUGAAACGCUGUGCUACUUCCGGGACCUCUACCUCCCAGCCUCCAGGGAUCUCUUCCGCUCCGUGGGACAGAGUCCACAGGCCGUGGUCCAGGCCAUUGUCAAGGUCAUCAACUCGUCCCGACCACCCCUGCGCCGACAGACCAAUGUUCGCUACAGCCCGCUGACCAUGCUCAAAGCUGUGGACCCCUCCGGUCGCCUGUAUGUGCUAAGCAGCCACCGCCUCCUCUUCCGCUGGCCACGCCUCCUCAACCUUGGCCUUCGAUGCCUGGCCUGUGGCUGCCUCCGAUCCCAAGUGUCACCCGACCCUCCCCACCCCUAA